UCUUUUUUGGGUGAAUUUUGCUUUUCCCCGCAGACGAUCAGAGCGCGCUGCCUUCCAUGCGGGUCUUUCGCUGUUCUUGAGCUCUUGUGCCUGUUUCUCUCCUCCGCUGCUCCUUCUUUUCUCCUCCCUCCCUCCCUCCUUCCUCUCUUCCUCUCUUUCUCGUUCUCUCCUCUUUCCCCUCACCGCCCGCGAUGACCUUGCUGGAUGCAUAUGACGUCUCUGUUGGAUGGCAGCUCUCGACGAUAUUCCGUGGAUAGAUUCCAUGGCACCCUCAACUUACUCGCAGGACCAAACGGACCUUCAGCCUCCGACGGUCGCUGCCUUUUCUCCCACCACCAUUUCCGGCUCGUCCUUGACAUCCAAGCAACGCUCCAGCAUCAUCGUUCACCGUAAAUCUCCGCUGCUGGUAGCUACGCCGCCGCCCGUCACGCGAGCAUUGGCCUACUCGCACCCGUUCAUUUUACCCCUGAAUAAAUUGGUGGGUUUGUUGACUUGGACCAGCGGUGAUGCAUGGCAGAGUUUCCUCCUCGUGUCGGCCUUCUGGGCGAUUGUUCUAUAUGGCGAUGCCAUUAUCCUCUUUGCUGGUCCGCCGUUGCUCGUGACCGGCCUCAUCCUGGGCAUGUAUUGGAGGCGCUAUUCUCCCCUGUCAUCGAGAGCUUUCUCCGGGGAGAAACCGGGCCAUCAAAGAGUUGCCUCCGAUGGCUCCCUGCGUCACCAUGACAGCCUCGAUGAAAUUGUGGAAACCAUGCGCACCUUUACCACGCGGUGCAAUAUCUUAUUGGAGCCCCUUUUGGAACUGACCGACUUCCUGUCCACUCAAAGGACGGCCACCUCUGCCACCACCAGACCGGCUCUCACCACUCUCUUCUUCCGUAUCUUGUUUGUGACCCCAAUCUGGGUUGCGCUGACUCUCCCUCCUUUACAUCUCAUUACUACUCGUCGUGUCAUCCUAAUCCUAGGCACCGUCAUUCUCACUUACCAUUCCCGCCCGGCAAGGGUAUCACGCGUUAUCCUCUGGCGAUCCUUAACGGUCCGCCGCAUAUUUUCCAUAAUCACAGGCCUUUCAUUCGCGAUGAACGUCGACAAAACGUCAUCGCGGACGCAGAGUCAUGGUCAUGCCAUGAACAUUGCAACUCGGCGGCAUAGAGAUUCUUCAGGCGUGCGCUUUACCUUCAUAAUAUAUGAAAACCAACGUCGAUGGCUUGGAAUAGGGUGGACCUACUCUCUGUUCCCCUCGGAACGUGCUUCUUGGACGGAUGAGCACCUGAACCACGUUCCCGCCAAAGACGAAUUCGAGCUGCCCGAAGUGCAAAAUGGCAGCGCCACGUGGCGAUGGGUCGAGGGCAGUGAGUGGCGUAUUGAAGGUGCCGACGAGUCACACAGCAAAGCGGACACUAAGACCUCUGAUGGCGGUGGUUGGAUCUACUAUGAUAACAAGGUUAGUCGUCACCCCCUUGCAUCAGUGUUUCACCAUUAUGGUACUGUUGGCUGACUGUGGGGACACUUUUAAAAAGUGGAACGACGGUCGUCGUGGCCAGGAUGGCUGGGAUCGAUACACUCGGCGCAGGAAAUGGUGUCGUGAUGCCGAGCUGGUGGAAAUCCCUUUGGGAUCGGAUAAAUCAUCUGCAGAGGCCACGUCCGGCUUAACCCAGGCAUUAGAGCAGCAGAAACAGAAGGAAUCCGGCGCCCUUGACGCUUCAACAGCCGAUGCUGAUUCCCAGAGUCUCGCCCCGUCUACCUCCUCCAAAACGCGGAGACGACGAUGGUUUGGGAGCUCGAAGAGUGUAAGCGACAAAGCCAGCAGCAUCUCCUCUGCACCAACAGCCUCCAACAAUAACUCGUCCGUAGAUCUCGGCAGAAUAACGUCGGCUCCUGGUUCCAACCUCGGCAAAAGCACCUCCAGGCCGAUCAGCAUCCCGGCCCGAAAGCUAUCCAAUUAUUCCCGGAGUUCGAGCGGCAGUCAUGGCUUGGAUGGAAGUGCGCAGGGAAGCAACGCUACCAGUGAAAGUACAAGUUUGCGAGAAAAGGAGAUUGCACACGCGCAAGAUCAUCUCGAUCGCUGGGGUACUCGAGCCGCUGGAGGCACCGAACGAGCGGAGCGAGAACUGGGUUUGGGUGACGAGGUUAAUAUGGGAUUAAGUUGAUACCUUUCGUAACGAAAAUAUACAAUUGGUCAAAUCAUUUCGAUGUGGAUUUUGGGAACUGGACUCGGGGACAUCGACCAGUAUGGUUGCCGAGUGCUUCUUUCGUGUUAAUAUAUAUAUUCAUGCCAAAAAUGAAACCCGACGUUAGCGACAUGACCA